AUGAAUUAUUGCAUAAUAACUAAUAAUUUUAUAAGUAUUCUACUUUUAUUACUUUCAUGUUUAUCAUCAAUAACAUGUCAUCCACAUCGUAAACAAAAAGAUUUAAUAUCAACAUCACGAUCUAUUCCAUCAACAACAACAAUAAUAAAUAAUGCAACAAUAAUUGAUAGUGAUGAUGAUGAAUAUUAUGAAGAUGAUAUUGAACAUAUUGAAUCAAGAACAACAACAUACAGUAAUACUGGAUCAUGA